GUUUGUUCACCGGUAAUGACGUUUGUAGUGUUGCUGUCUCUUUUGCUCGUGUGGGAUAAAUUAGCCUUACAAAAGAAUUAUGGCAUAAUUUGACAUUACCGUUUUAUUUAUUUUCGCAAGUAACGAUCACGGAAUAUAUUGAAUUAUGGUCGUAAAACCGUUCUUGAAACUAUCCAGUUAAAACGUGCAUGGUAGAAGCUCAAGACGUGUAAGCCAAAGACAGCAUGUCAUUUUAAAGUUUGACCAAAGUCAUUUGAUUUUGGACACUUAAAUACUUGCUCAUCUGUUUAGUGAGGGAAGGACAAUGAUAGGAGACAUGAUGCUGAGCGCUUUCAGGCUGACAGUGAGAGUGUCUGCAGCGGUUCAGAGAGGCUAUCGGUGUCCAGCCCUCCAUUCAUGCAGAGCACUGCACUCGAGCCCUGUUCUCUGGGCAGGACAUAACAAAUGGUCCAAAGUGAAGGACAUUAAAAUACCCAAAGAUGCUGCUCGAGCCCGUAUGAUUGCCAAGUACACCAUGAUGAUUAGGAUUGCAGUCAGAGAGGGAGGACCCAAUCCAGAAUUUAAUGUUGCACUGGCACAACUUCUAGAGCAGUGUCGGAACAAGAAUCUACCGAAAGCCACUGUAGAAGGAGCUAUAAAAGGAGCCAAGUCAAAACCAGGAGUACAGUAUCUUUAUGAGGCCACUGGACCGGGCGGGUGCACGCUACUCAUUGAGAUUUUGACUGACAACAACACACGAUCUCACAGUGAACUCAAACGUAUCAUGACGAAACAUGGCGGGGCGCUGUGUGAAGGAGCGCGCCGUAACUUUGACAGGAAAGGUGUUGUGGCAGCAUCCAGAGAUGGGAUCUCCUCUGAGAAAGCUCUAGAACUGGCCAUUGAGGCAGGAGCUGAAGAUGUGCAGGAGACGGAGGAUGAGGAGGAGAGACCCAUACUACAGUUUGUCUGUGACAUGACGUCCAUGAAGGCAGUGCGGAGUGCUCUAGAAAGUCUGGGCAUUCACACGCUAUCAGCCGGGCUGGAAUUUGUUCCUCACACCCCCUCUCUCCUGACUCAGACUCAGCUAGAGACUGCGUUUACCCUGCUGGAGGCUCUCAAUGACUGCCCUGAUGUGGUCCGGGUAUGGGAUAACAUCCACGCACAGAACUAGUGUUCACAAUACUACAAGUCACAGAUAGAUGGACUAAUUAAUGAUCUACAUGCCUUAAGAGCAACUGGAAGAAAAUGACCUGCUUGGCCAAAUUUCAUUGGACUUGGAUUUUUUUUCUGUAAUGAUAAAUGCUUGAUUGACCUUGUUGAUAUAUUUUCAUCAUGGCAAUAAAAAAGACAUUAGUCAUA